AUGACUUGUCGCACUCUAUCAAACACUGAUUUUGGUUUCGCUCAGGGAACAUCGGAAGGAGCCUUGACAAAAAAAAAAGCAAAGGAAGGACUCGAUUAUUUGCAUUCUGAUGAAGAUCAAGAGGUGCCAUACCAACCAAAUGGAGGACCGAUAGAGAGUGGUGAAUAUAUCGACUUUCGACUCUACGAUAUGUGGGACAGAUCAGAGCUUCCGUCUCCUACUGAGCGGUACUACAACAUGCCAACAUACGAAGUGUCUGAUGAGGAAUCGACAACGAAGUCAGAUGAACAGGCGGAGCAACUUAAGCACAGAGAUACAAGCGGCUGUCUGGAAACUCAAAAUGAGGCAUUCGAAGACGCCUUGCCUGAUGAAAAUUAUCUAAAAAUUGGAAAAAUUUAUCGCAUCCUCGACGAUCCUAUGCUAGACGUACAGGGUGCUGAGUGGAGUAGUAACCCAGGCUUCCAAGGUGGAACACCAGACAACGUUAAAACGGACAGUAAUUGUGAAGACUCAGAUAUUAUUUCAGAACAAAAGAAAUAUCAAAGGAAAUAUAAGACCGCCGAGAGAGCGAGAGAGAGACUUGAUCCACAACUUCUUGCGAAUGUUCCCCGUUGUAUGUAG